GGUAGGAGGAAUGCGACGAGAGGUGCUGGGCGCGCGCCGACGACAGCACCGCCGGCCGACUCAUGCUCGCUAGAACGCGGGGCAGCAGGGAAUCGGGAGCAAUGGGGCAGGCAGUCGAUACUGGGCCUCACGAUGGUGUUUUGAGGCACGCAACGGCGAGCAGCGAGCACGGGAGGCACUGGCGUCACGGACGGGCGGCCAGCGGGCAGGCUCUGGCGAUUCCACAGCAGACGGGCUUCGCAGAGGCUUCGCAAAGGCUUCGCAGACGCAGCUUUCGCGGUCGAGGAGGGCGGCUUUAGUAUGCUGGCGGGAGGCCGUCGUUGCUGUGAU